CACUUCUUUUUUUUUUUACUAAGAACUUCGUUUCAUUCCAAGAGAAGCGGUUACACAGGAGAGAGGAUUACAAGAGAGGGGAGAUCAGGUUCAAAAUGGUAAUCCAAUCCUUGGGUAGCUCAUUGCGAGCUAAAGACCUAGCUACCCAGUUAGCUCUAGAGUUAAACUUGCGUCUGAAGAAAGCUACUCUGACACAACUACAUCGUCGUAGGGUGUCGCACAUGAUCCACAGCCAAACCGAAACCCUCAAAGGCCAAGAGGUACGAGGGGCAGCAAGAGCUAAGACCAGGUUGAGGCCGUCUGUUCUGACGAGACAGGGGACAUCCUGGGCUUGGCAAGCAGGAUCGCUUCAAGCAGAGCCUUUGCUUCCGCUUCUAGUGGAGAUGAACAAAGUAGAGUACUAGUCUUCCCUUCACAAACUUCACCAUGGCUGUUGAUGCAGAUAACGCCAUAAGCCGCCUUUUGGGGGUCAUUUAUGAAUGACCAAUCACAGUGAUUCUCGAAAUCGGGAUUGCUCGCCGGUGGAGAAACUUGGUUCUGGGGUACCCUAGACUGGUGGGCAAAAAAUGGUUGGUUUCUGAUGGGUUUAGGGCAGGAAACCCACUGGUUGAAGUUAUCGAUAGCAUUGGUGCAUAUUGAUGGGGGCCAUGGUUGAGUCACCCUGAAGACCUUUUCAUUUCUUGUCUUCCAAGUUUGCCACAAAAGAAAGACAAUCCUCUGCACAUUCGUCAUUUUCAUUGACUUAUGGAGGUUGAAAAGCCAGUCGAGAACAUUAAGCAGUGGUGGAGGGGUAGGGACAGAAGGAAAGGCAUGAUUCCAAGCCUCAACAGCAUGCUAGCAUUGGAAAAGGCAAUGAUGGAGAGUCUCAUCCUGAUAGUCACAAACCGGGCGUGCUGAGUUUGGUGCACAAUGACGAUUAUGCAACUUCCUUUUUGUAGUAAGUGCACCUUGAGAGCAUUUCCAAUACAAAAUUUCAUCUUGGGGGGGGGGGGGUAGAGAAAGGCUCCAUAACCAUUUUCAUCUCUUCUUCUUUUCUGGGGUAAUGGUGUUAGUGUGUUACCAUUUUGAGAUUCAACUCUCUUGAUUUCUGAGAAGAAAUGGUAGGCAGAGUUCACUAUAAACUUACCCAUGGGAUUGGGUUUCCAUGCCCAAAAAUCAUUUACAUCAUGUAAGCCAAUCGAUAUAUUCCUAAUCAUGCUCUCUUGCUCCGGAAGCAUAUGACUUGUCAGUUCUUGCCCCCUCUACUCUCUGGAAAUGGGAUCAAUCCAUUUCGCCACCUUCACUUGGCUGGACGAAAAUCCUUGUAAACAAUCGCCCUCAAGAUCUGGGAUCCAUAGAUCAUGAAACACCCUUGUUUCCUCCCCUUUUCCAAUAACUCUCACAAUUCCUUUCUUCAUUCUCUUCCUGACCUCCCAAAUGUUGGACCAUAUCCAUGAUGGUUGUGACCCCUUCUUUGCAUUCAUGAAAUCCGUUCUUGGGAAGUAGAGUCCUUUCAGAAGACGAGCCCAGAGGGAAGUGGGGGACGUGAGGAGCCCUCAUGCUUGUUUCGCCAGUAAUGCUAGGUUAAAUUACUUAAACAUCCGAAAGUCGAUGCCCCCUUCACUUUUGGGACUGUAGAGGGAGGUUCCCUUCACCCAGUGGAUCGACUUUUUCUGUAGGGAUCCAGACCAAAAGAACCUUCUAAGGAGUGAAUCCAUCUUCUUUGUAGUCCAGUCUGGAAGUAUGAAAAGGCACAUAAUGAAUGUAGGCAAUGCUU